AUGUCUUUGAAACAGGCUGUUGCUAAAAAAUUAAUGGAUGAAAUAAUUAUCCCGUUAAGAAAGCCUAAAGAUUGGAAAGUUCUGGUUCUGGAUCGAUUAGCCACCAGAAUUGUUUCUUCGUGCUGUAAAAUGCAUGAGAUAAUGAAUAAUGGCAUAACAUUGGUUGAAGACAUAUUUAAGAAGAGAGAAGUACUGCCGAUUGAGGCAAUAUACUUGAUCACUCCUACAGAUGAGUCCUUAAAACUUUUGAUGGAGGAUUUUCAAGGGUCCCAGAGUCAAUAUCGUUACGCCCACGUCUUUUUUACUGAAGCUUGCCCGGAUGAGUUGUUCAACCGGCUUUGCCAGUCGAAUUCCGCCAUAUUUUUAAAAACGCUCAAAGAAAUCAACAUAGCUUUUCUACCAGUUGAAUCUCGAGUCUUUUCGUUGGAUUCACCCAUGAGCUUUCAAUAUUAUUUCAAUCCAGUAGCCAGACAACAAGGUUCGGGACAACAACUUGAGCGAAUCGCUGAACAGAUUGCAACGUUGUGUGCCACAUUAGGUGAAUAUCCCGUUAUUCGUUACCGCACUCAGUUUGAAAGGAACGCCGAGUUCGCACAGUUAGUUCAACAAAAAUUGGAUGCAUACAAAGCGGAUGAUCCUCAAAUGGGCGAGGGUCCACAAAAAGAAAGAAGUCAGUUGAUUUUACUUGACCGAGGAUUCGAUCCUAUCUCACCUAUUUUACAUGAACUCACAUUCCAAGCUAUGGCUUACGACUUACUGGCAAUUGAAAAUGAUGUUUACCGUUACAUCAACACAUCAGGUCCUGAGGAACGUGUUAAAGAAAUUAUCUUGGAUGAAACUGAUGAGCUUUGGUGUGAACUUCGUCAUCAACACAUAGCAGUCGUCUCACAGCAGGUUACUAGCAAAUUGAAAAAGUUCGCUGAAGAUAAACGUAUGGUUAACGCAGGCGAUAAGACUACAAUGCGUGAUUUAAGUCAAAUGUUAAAAAAAAUGCCUCAAUAUCAAAAAGAGUUAUCCAUGUACUCAACACAUUUUCAUUUAGCUGAAGAUUGUAUGCAAACUUAUCAAAAUCAUGCUAAUAAAUUAUGCAAAGUCGAACAAGAUUUAGCCAUGGGGACUGAUGCUGAAGGUGAACGAGUCAAAGAUCAUAUGCGCACAAUGGUUCCUAUUUUAAUUGAUCAGUCCGUUUCAGCCUAUGAUAAACUUCGCGUGAUUCUUUUGUAUGUUAUACAACGCGGUGGUAUAAAUGAGGAAAAUCUAGCUAAAUUAGUUCAACAUGCUCAAAUCCCCUCAUCACAGGCGUGUAUUGUACGAAAUUUAAUGCAUUUAGGAGUUCCUGCUAUUCAAGAUGCUUCGGGAGCUGGUAUAGGUAGGCGUAAACUUCCUCAGCCUUAUUUGCCUGCCAAUCGACGUCAGCGGGAGGAUGGUCCAAGAUAUCAAAUGUCUCGAUGGACACCUUAUAUCAAAGAUCUUAUGGAGGAUGCUGCUGAAGACAAAUUGGAUCCGAAAUUAUUUCAGUACUUUGGUGGUGGCCCUGUUCGUGGUCCUGGGACGCGUACAGGAAAUGCGCCAAUGUCUGCAAGAUAUGGAAUGUGGCAUCGGGAUAAAAGUCAACAACCACGUUCUGGACCUAGAUUAAUAUUCUUUGUAAUCGGUGGAAUAUCGUAUUCAGAAAUCCGUUGUGCAUAUGAAUUAACGAAUACUGCACUAGGUAAACAAUGGGAUAUUAUCGUCGGUGGUACCCAUAUACUCGUGCCGGAAGCAUUCUUAAAGGAUUUGGAGAAACUUUCUUAUCCACCAGGAACAGUGCCUCCAUCGGCUAGCAGCGGGACAUCAGUUAUUGUAGGUGCUGGUGGGGAACCAGUGUGA